CUUGAAUGUGCCUAUAUUUGGGUUUGACCUAAAACAAUGGUUUGGGUGAUGUGUUAAUGUUCUAAUUUCGAUUUGUUUCAAGUCUUCUAUUUUUUUUUCCUUUUCUUGUCUGAAGAAGGCAGCCUUAUAUUUAAUCACAGAUAAUAUUGAGAAUCAAACCACUCUCCACAGCUCAGGGGGGAUAACAAGCUUGUGCCAACUGCCAACAGAUGCGCAUCUUCGUUAGCAGAGCAUGAGACAUAUGACAUAUCAAUCUCUUUGCCACAACUAGCAAUGAGAUGAAGUCAAGCGCAAAAAGCAUUCACCACAUUCUUACAAUCUUAUUUCGACAUCACCUGUUUUAAGAAUUCUUGAUAGAUAAAAAUUUGAUAUAACAGAAAAUAUAACGACUCUGGGUUCUUUAGAGAAACCUAGGCUUUGACUUAAGAAACAUUUGGCUUUGGAGCACUCACAUUCUAAAUGAUUAUGCAAGUCUUACCUCGAUUUAAAAUACAAAGGACUCUUUUUGUUAUAACUUUGAUGGAUUGUGCAUUUAUUAUUCAAAACAAAAUUGAAAAUAAGGAGUAAAAAUUUGGCCAGUAAUGAGGAGCUAAAAAUGGGGUUGAGUCGGUUGACAAACAUGCAGAGUAUAAUGUCUCUCUGACUCUCCGUAGCUUGAAGUUCUGUAUUGGAUUUUGGCAGGGAUUGUUACGAGGCAGCCGCUGGUGAUGCAGUUGCAGAAGACCAAAGAUGGGCUGGAGGAGUAUGCGGAGUUCGCUCAUUUGCCAAGAAGACAGUUCACUGAUUUCGCUUUGGUCCAUAAGGAGAUUGAGGAUGAAACAGAUAGACUUACGGGGGAAACAAAACAGAUUUCUGCCAUUCCCAUUCACCUCAGCAUCUAUUCACCCAAUGUGGUAAUAAACUUAACACUCAUUGAUUUGCCCGGUUUGACAAGGGUUGCUGUUGAAGGACAGCCAGAAAGUAUAGUCCAAGAAAUUGAAAACAUGGUCCGAACCUAUGUCCAGAAGCUUUAUGCAGCACUUGUGAUGGAGUAUGAAACUAUGAGGAGAGUGCAUAAGACCUCGGCAAAAUCAGCAGCUAUCUCAAAACCUUCAGGGAGGUUAUUACAUUUGUCCAUAUAUUUUUGAGUAGAUAAAAAAUCUCUUGACUACUUUUGUGCUUUCAUUUCAUCACCAUCUUCACCAUACUUGUUGAAUUCCAGAACAGCCUGGUCUUCCUGUUCACAAGUUCCCAGGUUUGGACUAGAAGCAUAGGCAGCAUCCUCCCUAUCACCAGACUAAUAUGCCUUAACACGAAUUUCCGGCUAUAUGUUUCGAAGAAGCCACAGAUCCAUAUCUUCUUCCUACUGCUGAUCUUGAGUAGAGAAACAUAUUUUUCUAAAGAAUUGUCGUCGGUGUUGCUGGAACUAGCAGCUUUCUGUAGACAGCCAUCUUGAGUUUGAUAGGCUAAUUCUGAAAAGGCAUUACCCAACACUUCUUUGUCAUUUUGGCUAAAGGUUUCAGACCACUGUACUUUUGUCCUCUUCGCUCUUUGUAUCAUGAGAUUCGGAGGAGCCCUGUUUUUGGGCAGCAUCCCUAGCUUUGGAAUCAAUGUCAUCAAGAGUGCAAUUUUCCCUGUAAGGCAUUGUAUUUGUGUCAUCUGAGAAGAAACAGACACGCCGGGUUGGAUGGUGUGUUUGGGAACGGCUCAAGCUUUUAGCGUUUAGCUUCUUGCUGAGAAAGGCUAAUAC